UUUAUCGCCAUUUGCGCUCCUCUCCCUUGAAAUCUUCAAAGCUGGAUCCGAAGAAAAAAAGAUUCAGAAAUUGAAAAAAUUACUUAAAAAAAAAGAAAAAUUUUGGAGGAGGAGGAGGAGAAGAGAGGGGGAAGAAGAGGGAAAGAUCCUUUAUUUUGGUGAGGAUUCGAGCAUCGAAAUCUCUGCAGUCCGACUCCGAUCCUUCUCUGCCUUUGUUUUUUGAUAUCCGGCCAAUGGAUUCCGAUUUCUGGAUGUCUCGUAUCUUCACUGCCAAGAGGCACUACUCGCUGCAGCACCACCAGAACUCCCAAUUAGAUCGAUUCGGGCUUGAUGAUUUCGAGAUGGAAAGGAAGGUCCGGCCGGACUUCCCAUGCCCUUAUUGCUACGAGGAUCACGACAUCACGUCUCUGUGUACCCAUUUGGAACACGAGCAUCUCUUUGAAUCAAAAGUCGCCCCCUGCCCCAUUUGCUCUGUUAAGGUUUCAAAAGACAUGCUGAAUCAUAUUACCCUUCAACAUGGUCAUCUGUUCAAGCUGCAGAGACGUCGAAGAUUACGUAAAGUUGCUAUUCCUAACACCCAGGCACUUUCUCUGCUGGGGAGAGAUCUACGAGAGGCACAUUUUCAGGUGCUUUUUGGAACCAGGGGCUACCAAUCUGGCAGUACUAAUGCAUCAACUGCAGCUACUGAUUCACUUCUUUCCUCACUUGUUUUAAAUUUCCCUCCAACUGAAGUAGAGGAAACUGCAAAAUCUUCUGUUCCCACUGCAGAGGAUACUUGUAUUGAGAAAGUAACACCUUCACAAACUUGGAAAUCAAGGAGACCGUGUUUUGAAUCUUCUCUGAGUUAUGAGGAGAGGGAAAGAAGGCGGAAACAUGCUACUUUUGUGCAGGACCUGGUUCUCUCAACUCUUUUUGGUGAUUAAUCGAAGCAGGGAUGGAUCGACUGUUGGAUCAUCGAAUCCACUUGCCUUCAAAUACACAAACUACGAACAAAGAGUUUUUGGAGAAUCUGUUUAUCAUAAAGCAGUUCUGUGGUCCUAAUGGCUUAGGUGUUCUACAGGUAUUUAAGGGGCAACACAGUUCAGCUUUUUCGAAUGUUUAUCCUGAGACUGUGUUAGCAGUCUCUGCUAUAUGCUGCCUCUUAAGCUAUAUGAAGGUGGAUGGUUGGUGAGUAAUCUGACCAUCAUAAUAUGUCUUCACUUGUCUAUGACAGUUCCAACAUCCAAGCUGUUUUCAGUAAGUUAUAUUGCUGUUUUUAACUUUCUGAGGAA